CUGCAGUGCGGCCCGGGGCCCCAGGCUUCCUGUGCGCGCCUGGCAGCUGCAGUUUCUCCUCGGAGCUCCUUGGGCCGCCCCCGCCGCCUGGCCCGGCCCCAUGGCUCAGACCCCCGACGGCAUAUCCUGUGAGCUGAGAGGCGAGAUCACCAGGUUCCUGUGGCCCAAGGAGGCAGACCUGCUGCUGAAAACCUGGCUACCAGAGCGGGAGGGUGCUGAGCAAGGCCACGUCCUGGCGCUGCUGCGAUGGAGAGCCUACCUCCUGCACACCUGCCUCCCAUUAAGGGUGGACUGCACAUUCAGCUACCUGGAGGUCCAGGCCAUGGCACUGCAGGAGACACCCCCUCAGGUCACUUUUGAGCUGGAGUCCCUGCCUGAGCUGGUCCUGGAGUUCCCUGGCGUGGCUGCCCUGGAACAGUUGACCCAGCACGUCGCUGCGGCCAUCCAGAAGGUCUUCCCUCACUCCACCCUGGGGAAGCUGUUCCGGAAGCCCACGCCCCCCUCCAUGCUGGUUCGCCUGGAGAGAAGCAGCCCCUCAGAGGCUACCGCACCCAGCAGCCCCUGUGGUGGCUUCUUGGAGACGUACGAGGCUCUGUGUGACUACAAUGGCUUCCCUUUCCGAGAGGAGAUUCAGUGGGACGUGGACACCAUCUACCAUCGUCAGGGCUGCCGCCAUUUCAGCCUCGGGGACUUCAGCCACCUGGGCAGUCGGGACCUGGCACUGAGUGUGGCUGCCCUGUCCUACAACCUGUGGUUCCGGUGUCUCUCCUGUGUGGAUGUGAAGCUGAGCCUUGAGGUCUUGGAACAGAUUCUGCACAUGAUGAGUCAGUCGGCCCACCUGGAGGAGCUGGUGCUGGAGACCUGUGGCCUGAGGGGAGACUUUGUCCGGCGACUGGCCCAGACGCUGGCAGGCCACCCGAGCUCCGGGCUCCGGGAACUCAGCCUGGCGGGGAACCUGCUGGAUGACCGAGGCGUGGUUGCACUCAGCAGAUACCUAGAGCAUCGUCCUGGAGCCCUGAGGAGACUCAGCCUAGCACAGACGGGGUUGACACCUCGAGGAAUGAAAGCUCUAGGCCGGGCACUGGCUUCCAAUGCCGCCUUUGACUCGGCCCUGACCCACCUGGAUCUUUCGGGAAACCCCGGGGCACUGGGGGCCUCGGAGGACAACGGGGGCCUCUACAGUUUCCUGAGCCGCCCUAACGUCCUGACGGUCCUGAGUCUCGCCGGCACCGACACCGCCCUGGACAUUUUCUUGGUAUUUGUUCGCGACCUGGGGGCCCUGUCCCAGCUCCCGCCACCCCCUAUGACAUCCCCUCCCAGGGCCCUUUUGGAAGGUCUCGCGCUCAACACGCACAUGGGUGACCUACACCUGGACCUUUGCGAGCUGCGCUCAGCGGGCGCCCAGGUGAUCCAGGACUUAGUGUGCGAUGCUAGCGCAGUGAGCUCCCUGGAUCUGUCGGAUAACGGCUUCGGCUCGGACAUGGUGACUCUGGUGCUGGCCAUCGGGAGGAGUCGUUCCCUGCGACACGUGGCCCUUGGAAGGAACUUCAACGUCCGGUGCAAGGAGACCCUGGACGACGUCCUGCACCGGAUUGUCCAGCUCAUGCAGGAUGACGACUGUCCUCUGCAGUCUCUGUCUGUGGCCGAGUCGAGGCUGAAGCUGGGCGCCAGCGUUCUGCUUCGGGCCCUGGCCACCAAUCCUAACCUGACAGCCCUGGAUAUCAGCGGCAACGCCAUGGGAGACACGGGUGCCAAGAUGCUGGCCAAGGCGCUCCGAGUUAACACCCGACUCCGGUCUGUGGUCUGGGACCGGAAUCACACAUCUGCUCUGGGCCUGCUGGACGUGGCUCAGGCUCUGGAGCAGAACCGAAGUCUGAAGGCCAUGCCUCUGCCACUGACCGACGUGGCCCAGGCGCAGCGAAGCCGCCCGGAAAUGACAGCACGUGCAGUGCAUCAGAUCCAAGCCUGUCUCUUGAGGAACAACCACACAGACCAGGCCUCUCCUGCCAGCACCUCAUGCCAGCAGCCACUAGGUCGGGUCUCUAGUCCCUCCGAGCAGGAAGUGAAUGAACUUUGCCAGUCGGUGCAGGAGCUGGUGGAGCUGCUGGGCUGUGGUGCUGGGCCUCAAGGUGAAGCUGCCGUGCACCAGGCCGAGGAUGCCAUCCAAAAUGCCAACUUCUCUCUCAGUAUUCUCCCCAUUCUAUAUGAGGCAGGAAGCUCCCCAAGCCAUCAGUGGCAGCUGCGGCAAAAGCUGGAGGGCCUCCUGGGGCAGGUGGGCGAGGUCUGCCGCCAGGACAUUCAGGACUUCACUCAGGCCACACUGGACACAACAAGGAGCCUCUGCCCACAGAUGCUGCAGGGACCCAGGUGGCGGGAGCAGCUAGAGGGGGUCCUGGUGGGCUCAAGGGGCCUCCCAGAGCUGCUCCCAGAGCACCUGCUGCAAGAUGCCUUCACUAGACUCAGGGACAUGCGGCUGUCCGUCACAGGGUCCUUAGCAGAGAGCAUUGUGGCUCAAGCUCUGGCGGGUCUGAGUGCAGCACAGGAUCGGCUGGUGGCGAGUCUGGCUCAGCAGACAACAGUGGCAAUGCCCUCUGCCACACUGGCCCUGGAAGGCCAGCCCACCCCCUUUGGGCCUGGGAAGUUGGAAGGCCUUUUCUUCCCUGAGGAGAAGGAAAGGGAGGAUGAAGAGGAGCGGAAGAACGGCAGUCCUCCACGGAAAUGGCCUGAGUCCAGCCCCUGUCUUCACCUGGUUCCCUCCGCUCACAGUGCUGCUGAGGAACCGGAGCCCGAGCUGGCGGCUCCCGGGGAGGCUGCGGAGCCGCAGCCACGGCCCAGGCGCCAGCACCACCACCGCCCGCCGCCUGGGGGCCCUCAGGUGCCCCCAGCGUUGCCGCAGGAAGGAAAUGGGCUCAGCGCCCGAGUGGAUGAGGGUGUGGAAGAAUUCUUCUCCAAAAGGCUGAUCCAGCAGGAUCGCCUCUGGGCCCCUGAGGAGGACCCAGCCACCGAGGCUGGUGCCACCCCUGUCCCCCGUACACUGCGAAAGAAGCUGGGCACCCUCUUUGCCUUCAAGAAGCCUCGUUCAACACGGGGGCCACGGCCUGAUCUAGAGACCAGCCCUGGGGCAGCUGCCCGCACUCGAAAAACCACACUUGGGGACCUACUGCGGCCACCGGCCCGCCCUGGCCGUGGGGAGGAGUCUGGUGGGGCGGAAGGGGGCACCGGCAGCCCUGACCCUGCUCGCAGGAGCCGGCCUCGCUACACUCGGGAAAGCAAGGCCUACUCCAUGAUACUGCUGCCUGCCGAGGAGGAGGAGGCAGCACUGGGUGCCAGACCUGACAAGAGGCGGCCUCUGGAGCGAGGAGACACAGAACUGACCCCAUCCUUUGAACAGAGGGUACAAGUGAUGCUGCAGAGGAUUGGCGUGAGCAGAGGCAGCGGGAGUGCCGAAGGGAAGAGGAAACAAAGCAAAGAUGGAGAGAUCAAGAAAGCUGGCUCAGAUGGGGACAUUAUGGACAGUUCCUCGGAGGCCCCUCCCAUCUCUAUCAAGUCCCGCACCCACUCCGUGUCUGCUGACCCCUCAUGCAGACCUGGGCCAGGGGGCCAGGGGCCUGAGUCCACCACCUGGAAGACACUGGGGCAGCAGCUGAAUGCAGAGCUUAGGAGCCGUGGUUGGGGCCCACACGAUGGUCCAGGACCCCCUUCCCCUUGUCUCAGCCCACGAAAAGCCAGUCCCUCCCCAGACAGCCUGGGCCUCCCAGAGGAUCCUUGCUUGGGCCCCAGAAAUGAAGAACGGCCUUUAAGGCUGCAGCGGUCCCCUGUCCUCAAGCGAAGGCCAAAGCUUGAGGCACCCCCGUCACCAAGCCUAGGAUCUGGCCUUGAAGCUGAGCCUCUGCUCCCACAGUAUACAGACCCCUCCAGCCCUGAGCGGAGUCCACCCUCCCCAACCACAGACCAAAGAGGCGGCCCCAACCCCUGAUCCUCUCCUUUCCUGCCGCAUGAGAUUAUUUUAUUAAAAAACUCAAAGCAGA